CCUAUUUAAAGCUGAGCUGUCGAGGUAACAGCCUAACGUAGCCAGGGUCGAAAAAAAAUCUUGUGAAGUCAUGUUAUAAGCUCGGUUACCGUCAAUCAACCAACUUAAAUUGCGUCAAAUUCUCAACCAUGUCUCGAAAGCGAGACCCCUUAGAGCUGUUCGACGCAAACGACGGUCAGAAUCCUCAGCUACUCCUCGAUAAAUGCCUGGUGAGGGCUUGCUGCGAGGGCGACAUCGACACCGUCAUUGACCUGCUGCAGAAGGGAGCAUCAGUAGAAGCAGGAGCAUAUACAGAACAUGAGGCCUUGUCAGGCGAGAACUACACCACGCCCCUUAUGGGGGCAGCCCAAGCCAGCAAACAGCAGCAUAAGAUAGCGAGCCUGCUGCUGGAGAACGGAGCUGAUGUUAAUGUUGGCGACCGAUACAGCGUGACUCCACUGCAUGCUGCCUGUGUUAACGGCCACAGGGAUUGCGUCAGACUGUUCAUCGAUGCUGGGGCAAACGUCAAUGCUGGGACACUGGACUACAAUCGGCCAGGGGUCUAUCGAAAGCCCUACCGUGGGGGUAGCACCCCACUGCAUCUGGCGGCCAGGGACAGCCAGGUGGCCUGCUUGGAAGAGCUCCUGGCCCACGGCCAUGCCGACUACAACCGGCGCGACGCGCUGGGUUGCACCUGCCUGAACUGGGCCGCCCAGAGCGCCAGCGAGGAGUGCGUCCUGACGAUACUUGGGCUGAGCGAGGGAACGCAGGUCUUUUCUGCCUCAAUACCGGGCACCGGCGAUUUUCCUCUUCAUGACUGUGUGCGACGAGGUUUAGUCAAAAGCGUUCGAGAGUUGCUGCUCCGUGGGGCCGACGUGAACCAGCAGAAUGCCAUCGGGCUCAGCCCCCUCCACUUCGCCGCCGUCCCCUCCCAGAACUUCUCCCCCGAGAUGAUGGAGACCCUGGUGACAAACGCCCAAGACCUGGACGUGGAUCAGCCCAUCGGGGGUUGUAACCCCACCCACUAUCGGCAUGGAAUGUCAGGCAUCAAACCUCUCCAACUCGUGGCCUUUGACCCAGACAUGGACAUCCACCUCCACACUUUCCACACGGCCGAGUUCCGCCUCAGCCGCACCUUCAAGCUCAUGACCUCUGACCCCAGGCGGCCAGUGCGCCGGCCCCAGUGCGCGGUCCACCUGAUCCGGCACGGGGCUGACUUCUGCCUGAGCUACCAGGGCCGGACGCUACUCCAGCAGGAGGUGUACAGCCAGGACGGCGCCGACGACUCGCUGCUUACCGCCAUGGUGCGGGCAGCUGGCACUCUGCCGGUCCCCGACAGUCCACCCGGCAUGCUGGCCGAAGACAUCAGCAAGGGGGCCAAGGAGAAACUGAAGUGGUUACGGGAGACGUUCCGUUCUCCCCGAAGCUUACAGCAAUACUGUCGGGUCGCUGUUCGCCGGCUCCUUGGCCGAAAACGACUCAACAGAGUGACAGAGCUGCCUUUACCAUCGUCACUCCAAGACUAUUUACUCCUAAAGACUUGAUGAGCUCCCCUCCCAUGGAGGCAGAAACUGUGUCCCAAUGGCAUGGCUGCGACUUUAGAAAUAACACACGUGCCUAUGAGAAAUUGCAAGAGCCGCUAGCCAGUGCCUUCCAUAGGGUCGUGUGUUAAACUUAGCCGUAGCCGAGUCAUUCAGACAUGGUCUAAGCAAAGCAAGAU